UACAGGAGAGGAUUUGCCCCCGUCACAACAAAGUUUUUGAAAUCUUUUGUCGGACUGACCAGAGUUGCAUUUGCUAUCUGUGCAUGGCGGAUGAUCAUAAAGGCCACGACACAGUCACAGCUGCAGAAGAGUGGGGCCUUAAAAAGGAGGGGUUGGCGCAGAAACAACACAGAUGCCAUCAGAUAAUCCAGUUGAAGGAGAAUGAGCUACUGGACCUGAGGAAGGCUGUGAAGACUCUCAAGACGGCAGAAGAGGACAGUGACAAGUUGCUUGCUGAGAUAGAGAAGGAGAUUGCUGAGCUGAAGAGGACAGAUGCUGAGAUGAAACAGCUUGCAAUGACCCAGGAUCCCAUCUAUUUCCUUAAGAACAUUGUGUCCAUUCCAGAUGACGCAUACAACACUGUGUGGACCAGAAAAACCUUCAGAUUCUUUCAACCUAUGCAGAAAUCUGUCUCUGCACUGAACAGACAGCUGGAGGAGAAAUUAGACUUGAUUGUCAAGCAAGAAGGUUCCAGAUAUGAAAGGAAACACACUGCUCUGGACAGAAACAGGUUCACUCCUCUGCCAGGUAGCCCACCAGUGUAUCUGCUGAAGCUGAAACCAGCAGCAGGUCAGUUGAACAGGAAGGAAUUUGGAGAAGCAUCAUACAGUAAUCGAUCAAACAAAACCAUCAUGCUUGUUGGUGCCACUGGAUCUGGCAAAACAACCCUCAUCAAUGGCAUGAUCAACUACAUACUGGGAGUUGACUGGGAGGCCAACUGGAGAUUUAAACUGAUUGAUAAAGAGACCAAUAAAUGGCAAGCACACAGUCAGACCUCAGAGGUGACAGCCUAUCAGAUUCACCACACAGAGGAAUUCAAAAUUCCACAUGCGAUCACAAUCAUUGAUACCCCCGGAUUUGGGGACACCAGAGGAAUCAAACAAGACAAAGUGAUCACAGACAGAAUUAGACAGUUUUUUACAAACAAGGAUGGUAUUGGUGCAAUUGAUGCAGUGUAUUUUGUAGUGCAUGCUGCUUUAGCUCGUUUGACACACACACAGAAGUACAUCUUUGAGGCAAUCCUCUCUGUGUUUGGGAAGAACUUCGCCAGCAACAUCAUCACUCUGGUCACCUUUGCUGAUGGCAAAAAUCCUAACGUACUGGAGGCCAUUAAAGAGGCCAACAUUCCAUGCGCCACACAGGAUGGUUCUCCUGUUCAUUUCAAAUUUAACAUUGUUCUUUUUGCUGACAACACAAGAGACAGCAGUGAUGAGGAAGACAGUCAUCAUGAGUUUUAUCACAUGUUCUGGAAAAUCGGGAACGCCAGCAUGAAGAAUUUCUUCACUCAGCUAGGCAAGAUGGAAACCCGGAGUCUUACCUUGACAAAACAAGUUCUCCAAGAGCGGAAACAGCUGGAGGCAACUGUUACAGGAGUGCAACCACUCAUCAGACAUGGGUUGGCAACCAUGGAGGAAAUACGUAGCACACAAGCUGUACUGGACAGACACAAGAACACAAUUGAAGCAAACAAGGACUUUGAGUACGAGGUAGAGGUGGAGAAGGCUGACAGGAUUGAUAUUCCAUAUGGAACUUUCAUCACCUACUGUCAUAGCUGUAACUACACCUGCCACUAUCCCUGCAGUACACCAAAAGAUGAUGAUAAACACAAGUGUGCUGCAAUGCAUAAUGGAUACUGCACAGUAUGUCCAGGAAAAUGUCCAUCGAGUGCUCAUUUCAAAAUGAAUUACAAAUGGGAGACAAAACGUGUCAGAGAGAAGAGGACAUAUCAGGAGCUGAGGAGUAAAUAUGCGAAAGCAAUGGGGGAGAAGAUGAACCAAGAGCAAAUUGUGGAAAAGAUGGAAGAGGAAUAUUGCAAAGUGCAGGACAAGAUUCUAGAAAUGAUGAACACUGUAACUACAUGCCUUACACGUCUGAAAGAGAUUGCACUUCGGCCAGAUCCCUUGUCUACUCCUGACUACAUUGACCUAAUGAUAAAGUCAGAGGAACAAGAGGCUAAGCCUGGAUUCAAACAACGCAUCAAAGAGUUGCAGGUAGUCAGGGAAGGAGCCGUUCUCAUGCAGAAAGUGUCAGAUAAAGUCAGGCGCAACACAGACAACUCCAGGUGUGAGGAUUAA